UAUAGAGGAAUAUUUGCCUUCAAAUCUCCAAUUUGAAUAUCAUAACGUUCAUUUUGGAAAACAUCAAGGUGAAAGUAGAUGUACAUCCGGUGGCGUCACCCAAUCUCAAAUGUCAAAACACGGCAGAGUUGAUUCCAAGCUGAAAACCCGCGGACUGCGAUGGGCCAAUGAGAGGCCAGUGAGACGGUCACAUGGAGGUGAUGGCGCUGGAGCAGGUGGAGGCGCAGGUGGAGCGUCUGCUGGGUGGCCUCGGGUGCGAGGUGACGAUGUGCGACGUCGGCCUGGAGCAGAGCAAGCCGGCGUCGCUCAGGAACAACGUCACGUACAUCGUGUGCGCCGUCGUCUUCAACGACUCGGAGGAGGUUCUGAUGGUCCAGGAGGCCAAGCAGGACUGUUACAAGAAGUGGUACCUGCCGGCGGGGAGGGUGGAGGUUGGUGAGAGCCUGCAGGAGGCGCUGCUGAGAGAGGUGAAGGAGGAGGCGGGCUUUGAGUGCCAGCCAAUCACAUUGCUGCUGAUCCAGGAGCAGGGACCUCAGUGGAUCCGCUUCAACUUCCUGGCCAAGAUCACAGGAGGGAGCAUCAAGACUUUGUCAGAGGCGGAUCAAGACUCCCUCCAGGCCACCUGGUGGGACAGACGUGCCCCUCUCCCUCUGAGGGGCCGAGACAUCCUGCGUCUUAUCGACUUUGGGCUCAAGUACCGCAACGACGCCUGGCAUCCCGUCACACUGCCGCUGGAUAUGAGCUGCCGCCAUGUGGUCCAGAGGCUGGUGCUGAUCUUCAGCGCAGACGAUAAUAUCUGGAUCCUGGUGGUCAAAGCCCCCAGGCCCCACCUCCCCGUAGCGGCGGCUCUGAAGACUCACGCCGUCACGUGGGCGGCCAACAUGGUGGCGCAGGACGCCAUGCCGUCGACGUACUACGAGCACAACGUCAACACGCUGGGAGUGUUCAGCCUGCAGCACGACGGUCGGCAACACGGCAAGACGGACGGCAUGUGCUUCAACACGCUCGUGGCCCUGCAGCCCGACCGCGUGGCGCGUGACGAGGACGGCGCCAAGAUACCGCCGUCGCCCGCCCGGAUGCCGCCGCCCGUGGAGAACCCGCGCUACGUCUGGCACCGGGUCCUCAUGCCCGGCGUCAGAGAGAAACUGCUGGAAAAGAGCAAAAACACCAGCAUCCUGCCCAUGCACAGCCUCUACUGAUGGCCAAUCCCGGAACGAGUUCUCAUUCUUGAGUGCCCGCCAGUACCGAUAGCAGUUGUACUUUUGCGACACAAAAUUAUAAUGAACACAAGAUUUAAUAGUGCACCAAGACCUUUCCUUUCUUGUUUUGUGAACAAACCCCAAUCACAUAGUGUGAAAUGCAAGCAAAAACACAAUACUGUACAAUGAUUCGCAAACCCUUUUCAUUCUAGUGAACCUCGUUGCGUUCCGGCACGCAGAUUGACAUAUUUCCAAUUUUUCCCUCGUUAUUUCACCCCUUUUAUUCUUUGAAAAUGUAUAUUAAAUGUUUAUCAACGUUGUUUUUGAAUGUUUUUUUUCGUUUGAAUAAAAAAGGAGGAAAACCA